CUGUUUGUUUUCGUGCUACAGCCCUCAAUCGCUUGUACGACCCUAGUUCUUUCUUUUUUGACGUGACCAGCGAGAAAAAUGGUGAAGAUCAAGUGCUCAGAGCUGAGAACCAAGGACAAGAAGGAGCUCACCAAGCAAUUGGAUGAGCUCAAGAAUGAGCUGCUCAAUCUGCGCGUGGCCAAAGUCACCGGCGGAGCACCCUCCAAGCUGUCCAAGAUCCGCGUUGUGCGCAAAGCCAUCGCUCGCGUCUACAUUGUGAUGCACCAGAAGCAGAAGGAGAAUCUGCGCAAGGUGUUCAAGAACAAGAAGUACAAGCCCUUGGAUCUGCGCAAAAAGAAGACCCGCGCCAUGCGUAAGGCCCUGUCGUCGCGCGACGCCAACCGCAAGACCCUCAAGGAAAUCCGCAAGCGUUCCAUCUUCCCGCAACGCAAAUAUGCCGUCAAGGCAUAGAUUUAAAUGCAGCAACAAUUGUUGUUAAUAACUAGUGUGCGCUAAGAAUAUUCUCCUGAAAAAGAAAAACAAAGCAAAAGGAAUAAGAAUAAAACCAUUUUUUUUAAAUGUGA